UGGUGUUGGCUAUACCCCUGAAAUGCUCCGCGAACAGGUUGCUGAGCUCAAGAGCUACCUGAAGGACAAGAACGCUCCUUUUGGUGUCGACCUCCUGCUUCCUCAGGUUGGUGGAAGCGCACGCAAGACUAACUACGAUUACACCAAGGGCAAGCUCAACGAGCUUAUCGACAUCAUUAUUGAGAGCGGUGCGAAGCUUUUCGUCUCCGCUGUGGGUGUCCCCCCCAAGGCGGCUGUCGACAAGCUCCACCAGCAUGGUAUCCUCUACAUGAACAUGAUCGGUCACCCCAAGCACGUCCAGAAGGCUAUUGAUAUUGGUGCCGACAUUAUCUGCGCUCAGGGUGGUGAGGGUGGUGGUCAUACUGGUGAUGUUCCCACCACUGUUCUCAUCCCUACUGUUGCCAAGCUCUGCCAGGGUAAGCUCAGCCCCCUGACUGGUAAGCCCGUGCAGGUUGUUGCUGCUGGUGGUCUCUUCAACGGCAACUCUCUUGCUGCUGCUCUUAUGCUUGGCGCUUCUGGCGUCUGGGUUGGUACUCGCUUCAUCCUGUCCGAUGAAGCCGGUGCCCCUGUCGCUCACCAAGAGGCUGUCCGCACUGCUGGCUUCGAGGAUAACAUUCGCACAAUUAUCUUCACUGGUCGUCCUCUUCGUGUCCGCAAGAACGCCUACAUUCUCAACUGGGAGGAGAACCGCCGGGAUGAGAUCAAGGAGCUUACCUCUAAGGGUAUCAUUCCCGUUGAGCACGACUUCGAGAACCUGCCCGAUGACGUUGACGACGAGUACCUCGACAAUGCUCGUCCUUUCCUCAUGGGCAAGGUCGCCGCCGUCGUCAACGAGAAGAAGUCUGCCAAGGCUAUUGUUGAUGAGCUUGUCGACGACGCCGCUGAACUCCUGGCCAACGGCAACAAGAUGCUUGCUAAGCUGUAAAAAUUUCCAUUUCUGAAUCAUAUAUACAUCUGGGUACGGUGAACGAAGGCAAUCAAUCAUGCAUGUAACAAUUGGUGUUAAUUGAUGACUAUAAAUAUGCGUAACUGCAUACCUCUUUUUAUGACUAUCCAUUCUUUCUUUUAAUCAAUAUUACAUACUUUUUCUACAUCACAGCGAAG